CAGCUUAUCUCUACAGCUAUGUGACUGUGGGUGAGCUGUGGGCCUUCAUCACAGGUUGGAAUCUAAUCCUCUCCUAUAUUAUUGAAAGGUAAUGAUAAAUCGUCUCCUUCGUGCUCCUCAUCUAAUUGGUUUUGGGUCCCUUCCCACCAUGAUACUGGACGACCAAAAUGACUGACAUAACUGUGGAUGCUGUCCCAAAACCUGAUUCUGCAAAUGCACGAUGAAAAGAUUUGCCUUCUGAAUGUUAUAUGCUCAGGAUCUGGGCUCAGAGUGGUAUUUCUGAGACUUUUUUUUUUUUUGCCCUGUCAUAAUGGCUUUUGAAUGACUGCCUCAGUUUUUAUUUCAGAGUUGGCUGCUCAGUGUAUUAUCACAAGGCAGAAAAUUCAGUAAAAAAUAAGUAGAUACAGUCUAUUGAUGUGUUCAAACACAACUUUUUUGCUUUUAUUUCAUUCCUGUGUCAAAAACGUGUUUGCAAACUGGCUUCCUCAUAAUCUGUGAGGAAGGGCGGCUAAGGAGGAAAAACAACUGGGGGAGAAUAUGAAGUAUAGGAGGUCUCUGUUUCUUUAUCUUAUCCAGCCUUUUUCCCAAUGCUAAUUGCCCCUCCUGUGAGCAAGGACAACUCCCAGCAGCUUCAAGGGUGUGGAGGAGAAAGAUGUAUUGGCAGGCACACACUGCACUUCAGAGCCAGGAGUUGAGAGGGGCAGAAAGCCAAUUUUUUUCUCAUUUGUGCUGAGAAAAUGCCAAGCAGUGCCACUUGCAUCUCUAAGGGGCUCAGUCUACUUGAUGUUUUCAUGCUGAAGUUCUCAAGCAUCUGUUCAGAAAGUAUUGUGGGGGUGGAAAAAGAAAUCCUGGGGUCCUGGGAUGGGUGGCCGAUAGCUUUUAAUUAAUUGAAGUGACUUGGCUUGGGGGAAGGCUGAUGUGAGGUCCUGGAGGUGGGUGAUGAGGAAAAAAUGGGUGUGCAACUGAUCAGUUAAGGUCUAGAGAGAAGGCAGAAGGUGUCCAGGACCAGGAUCUGCUGUGGCCUUUCUUCUGGGAUGAUGUGAGUUUGGGGAACCAUGCCAGAUUGUAGGAGGCAUUUCAGGAACUGGAAGCUGGUGGGAGCUGGUAGUAUGAUGAGUAUGAUGAGUAACAGCAUCCCUGGUGAAUGGCUGCUGCUGGGUUUCUGGCACUUGGUGACCUUCUAGCCUGUGCCUGUUCCUGCUGUGAGUCCGACACCUGCGUUCAGCAGUUCUCCUGGGGGUGGUGAGCUGCAGGCAGGAAUCAGAUCAAAUCUGGCGAGGUUUGGCUGACCCAGUCCUCCUGGGUACAAGUUGAAUGUCUUUGCACUGUGCUCUCUUAGCAACAGCAGGAGAUUAUCCAGGUGUCUGCGAUGUUGGAAGAAUGUCAGAUUCCCCCUGCUACCUCAAGGCUGUUGGUUACAGAGAGUUCAUGGUAAACGGCUGAUAACUACGUGGAACUGGCAUCCAAGCAACUGGCAUCUAAUAUAACACAUGCAGGAGCUGGUUGUUCCUGUCCUAGAACAUGAAAUAUUAGAACUAGGACAAAAAAAUUAGCGUUAAAAUAGUCUUUUUCCUCAAAUCGUGCCAAAGUUAAGCUGAAAAAUUGUAAUGUGGUAUACAAUAACUUUUGGAAUUUUUCAAGUUUAAAUUGAUGGCAAUGAUGUCCCACCUCAUUAAAGGUGUUCACACUGUGCACUUUGCUGUCUCAGUGAACAGAAGAGUCUCCGAACAGGUCUGUUCUGCAGCUUAUUUUUAUGCUGUUGCAAAGCUGGAUUGGGGCGGUGAGUGUUCCCAGCUGUGCUACAGGUGCUGCCCGCCGCCGCUGCAGAGGAUUUAGCUGUAGGUGAGCACGGACAUUGUUUGACAUGAUUGCAGGUGCCGGAGUUGGGACUUGAACACCCACACACAGGUGAGUGUCUCAGAACAAACUGUUCUGGGUGGAAGGGGGCCCCUGAUGGCAUCCUCUGAGGAGCUGCUCUGCAAACCAAAACCAAGCCAACCUCUUUUUCUAAUUAGGUAAUUAUGUACAGUAGUAAUUAUAUCAUGCAAUUAGGUGCAGUUAUAUAUAGUGUACUGUAUGAGACAUGGGGAGUAUGAUGGUAACUUUAACACAGGAGAUGGAGAAAUUGGCUUUUACCCAAACCUACUUAUUUUACAAAAUUCUGUCACUGUCUGGUGGUAGCUCCUCGUUGUUACUAUUUCAGUUCUCUGAACUGACUGUUAUGGUCCAUACAAUGUCCCUAACUUGAUUGUCUUAAGACUACAGGUUCACUCCUCAUGCCAGCAAGCUGCACGUGGUUGGGUGCUCUCGAAACUGCAGCAAACGGCAAACCCAGAGGGCAAAGUCUGAGCACUUGCUGCAGGCAGGAGUCAUGGCACUUGCUGGGAUCAUCGCCAGCAUCCUGCAGUAGGCUGACUUAUGCUCAAAUAACCUGUAAAUCGUAUCUGGGUCUUUAUCUUGCUUGGAUGCUCUAGCACUGGAGGUCAGAGCAGACCUGCAAGUCACGAGAGAGCAGAGCAUGCAGAGCUGGGCAAGUGGUGUGGUCCAGGCUCUGAUGCUCCAACACUGUGCUGCUGGAGGGCAACUGGCUUCUGUGAGGUCCCUCUGCCUGGCCUGCAGUCACCCCACUGGGGCUACGAGGGUCCUCUGCCAGCAUGACACUUGGACCUCUCUGGUGACAUAAAUAACCAAGUUUGGGGGAAAGUCAGGCUACUGGGGGUGUAAGGAAAAGGUCGGUUUGGGCAGUAUCUAAGGCAAAGUUGAGGUUUAUGAGGAAGCCAAAGUAAAAGGAUAUUUUUCAUCUUGUCAGCUGGGCAUCAGUCUGAGACCCACCACCUGUGUGUGUUACCAUCAGAGCAGAUGCCAGGCAUGAACACAGGCUGUGAGCUGGAUAUGCGGAGGAAAGGCUACUCCCAGCACCUGGGAGCACACGUAAUGUUGCUUUGAGGCCCUCCAUGCCAAAAAGCCUUGCAAGAUGCCCCUAGUUUGGAACAUAUGCCAGCCACAAAGGGUGAUCUCUGUCCUUUCUGUCCUCUGGCAGGAACCUCAAGCGUGGCCAGAGCCUGGAGUGCAACAUUUGAUGAAAUCAUAGGGAAGCACAUUGAAGAAUUUUGUAAAAAGUACAUGACGAUGGAUGCUCCUGGAGUGCUAGCAAAAUACCCAGACAUCUUUGCUGUGGUGAUAAUCAUCAUUCUAACAGGGCUUUUAAUAUUUGGUGUGAAAGAAUCCGCCCUGGUGAACAAAGUGUUCACCUGUAUCAACGUCCUCGUCCUUGGCUUCGUCGUGAUCUCUGGUUUCGUGAAAGGAUCUGUUAAAAACUGGCAUCUGACUGAACAGGACAUUUACAACACCAGCCACAGCAUUUAUGGAGACAAUCAAACACAGGAAGAAAAGCUCUACGGUGUUGGAGGGUUUAUGCCUUAUGGAUGGAAUGGAGUCCUCUCAGGGGCAGCCACAUGUUUUUAUGCUUUUGUGGGAUUUGACUGUAUUGCUACUACAGGCGAGGAGGUAAAAAACCCUCAGAAGGCCAUUCCUAUUGGCAUCGUGGCAUCUCUGCUCAUUUGCUUUGUGGCCUAUUUUGGUGUGUCGGCUGCCCUGACUCUCAUGAUGCCUUACUACCAGCUGGAUACCAAUAGCCCUUUACCCAAUGCCUUUAAAUAUGUGGGUUGGGAUGGAGCCAAUUAUGCAGUGGCUGUCGGUUCCUUGUGUGCCCUUUCUACAAGUCUCCUUGGCACCAUGUUUCCGAUGCCUCGAAUAAUUUACGCUAUGGCAGAAGAUGGACUUCUCUUUAAAUUCUUGGCUAAAGUCGACGAGAAGAGAAAAACUCCAAGAAUUGCAACAGUGACAUCAGGAGCUAUUGCAGCUGUUAUGGCCUUUCUUUUUGACUUGAAAGAUCUUGUGGACCUCAUGUCCAUCGGGACCCUCCUGGCUUACUCCUUGGUAGCAACCUGUGUGUUAGUACUGAGAUACCAGCCAGAGCAGCCUAAUUUGGCAUACCAAAUGGCUAGGUCAACAGAGGAGACAGAUAACAAUGAGUCUGUGAGCACCAGUGAGUCACAGACUGGAUUUUUGCCAGAGGAAGAGGAGAAGUGCUCCUUCAAAGCUAUACUGUUUCCCCCAAAUUUGGACCCUUCCAAAUUAUCUGGCUCGGUGGUGAACAUCUCAACCUUCAUCAUUGGUUUCUUUAUUGUGUGCAGCUGUAUCCUGAAUGCCCUUAUAACAAAUAUUGCAAUAUAUGUAUGGAUUAUUGCUGUCAUCCUUGUUCUCAUUGUCAGCUGCAUUAUAUGGAAACAACCUGAAAGCAAAACUAAACUCUCCUUUAAGGUACCUCUUUUACCCUUUCUUCCCGUUGUGAGUAUUUUUGUGAAUGUUUACCUCAUGAUGCAGCUAGACGUAGGCACAUGGAUACGGUUUGCAGUCUGGAUGCUCCUAGGCUUUAUCAUCUACUUUGCCUAUGGAAUACGGCAUAGCGUGGAAGCCACCUACGCGGCGUCAGCAGAUGUGGAGAGAAACACAGACGCUGGCUCAGACAGCUGUAAAUGACUGUGUUUGGCUUACAGGCAACUGGUAGCUGCAGUGAAAGAAGCUUUGUGGUGGGGAUCCUGAAUCAGAUUGCACCUGAUCAAUCAGUAAUGCAGGAAUAAGAAAGCCUAAUGCAGGCCUCCCUAACCCUUUUGCUGCAGCUUGCGGUUUGUUUAGUAGCACAGUUAAAAGGGAUCACAAGGAAAAAAGACACAACUCUGGAAUACUCCUGGCAGCACUGUCAGCUCACCUGGGGCUAUGGGCUUCCCUCUCUCCCUCUCCUGUUUUGUUUUUUUCCUCAGUAUGUAGAAAGAGAACUGCUUCUGUGUGCCAGUUAACCUUAAAUGCUGCUAUGAAACCAAGCCUCACAAAGGUCUUUCUCAGUAGCCCUGAGAAUUACCUCCCCACAGAUACUCUACCUGAUUAUACAUGGAGCAGAUUUUGCAGUGCUACUGUCAAGUGUAGACCAGAUCCAUCCUUCACCCUAUGUGACCUGUACCCCACGUGUACGCACAAAAAAAGGCUCUCGCCAAACAACAGAUUUCACUGGGUUAAGAAAGCACCUGCAAGAUUUUAAUUCUUUAAAUUAUUAGGUCUCAUAGUUUUUGUUGUAUUUAACUUGUUUUUUUGACUAUGUACUCAUAUGCUUUAAAGCACAUUUCCACUGCUGUGAAAUGUUGGGAAGGUUUGUGGUUGCUGUUUGUCAGGUGAAUGGUCGCUCGCCAGCACACAGGGAACGCCAGUAUAUAUUGCUGCUGCCUGUACACUCCACAGAAGGAUUGCCAGGUUUAGUGAGGGAACUGUGUGGUGCAAGUACUUGAAAGGCCUGAAAGGAAUGGGUGCCUCUGAAGAGAUGUCCUGCCUCUUUGCCUUGGAAGUCACCAGUGUGGCUGCAGUGGUGGGGUGGUUGGCAGAGGUGAGUCCAGCUCUGACAGCAAGUGGAGUCCUGUUUUCCUCUUCCUGCAUCAGUUCUGUGUCCUGGCCAAGUGGCAUUAGCAAAGGAUUUGGCUGUGAUACUUCCAUUUGGUGUUGGUGGGUGGAACACAUUUCUGCCUUGGAAAGGGAAGCACAGAAGAAUCCUCAGGGUCAUGAAGUUCACUCAUGAGCAGUAGUGGUGUCUGCCCCCUGCCCAGGGGAGGCUGUGGGGAGGUGCAAGGGCUUCUCAAGUCCCAGCAGAGCAUGCAGCCCAGAAAACACCGCUAAGCUCUAGGGUCUGACUUGCUGAGGGGAACUUUCCCUUUGGGGCUGGAGAUCAUUUCCAGAGCCUGGCUGUGAAAGGUUGGAAAUUUGGAGUUGAGACCAGGGGCUGUGUUUGGUUGGCAAUGCCUUGGUUUUGCUGCAAGAUGAUGUUUGUUUUUUUGAAUUCUCUCUAAUAGCUUUCCCCAGCCAAAUUCAUCCACUACCCUAAAAAAGGCUUGUUAAAGCAUCGUGAAGGUGGACCAUGCCCAUGUAAUGCCACUGAUUUAAAUUCAUGCUUCAACUUGUACUGAAAAACAAAUCAUAGAAUCAUGGAAUGGUUUGGGUUGGAAGGGACCUUUUGAAGAUCAUCUAGUCUAGCCUCCCUUCCAUGGGUAAGGACAUCUUUCACUAGAUGAGAUUGCUCAAAACCCAGGCCUCAAAUGCUUCCAGGGAUGGAGCAUCCCAAAUAGAUACUGUGGAAACCCCCUUUCCUGACUGAGUGGAUGCUUUCCUAGGUGUCCUCCAUACUACUGUCUCUGAACACUGGACAAUCUUUAAUCUAUUUGUCAGCAUGGCUCUUGCUGAUGAAGCGACAGGCUCUCGUCCCCAUUAUUCAGUUGGAUAACUGAAGAACAGACCCCUGCGUGACUUGCCCAGGGUCUCACCAGGCAUCUGGUGCAGCAGAAAGGAGAAUCAGACAAUUUCCUGGGUUACAUGGCUGGACCGUGGACCAUCUCUCACAUGUUUCCAAGAAAGACUUUGUAGCCUUUCUGCCCACUGAAGAGUUUUAAUCUUGACUUCUUUCUAGUGCGCUGGGAGGCUCUUCUUGGCAGGAUUGGAAUUUGAGGGAGCGAAGGCAAUGUGUUCAUUGCUUCCCAGGUGCACUUCAGGGUGUGUUUUGAGUGCAGUUUCCCCCCAAAAAUGAAGUCGGGGUCUGCUCCAGUCAGUGGGUCUUGACCAUCUGCCAAGCCUUUGCACCUUAUGCAUAUACAAAGUCUUAAUCAAGCAGGGGGAGAUGAAUAUAGAAAUUAGAAGCCACUACGUUGAAAUCUAUUUUGUUUAAACACAGGCAAGGUCAACACACUCCACAGCCUCCCAAAAGACACUGAAGAUGUGGUGAGAGGCAAGAAGAUGAAAACUCAGAGGGGAGCAAAGUUUCCUAUUGUACUAAAAAUGUAAGGAUGUUUUUCUCUACCUGGGUACCAGCUCCUGAGCAAUUAUAGCAUUAAACAAUGACCAUUUAGGGGUGAAUUCUGACUGGAAGUGUGUUUCCAAAGAAAAUUAUUUUAACAUAUACAGAUUUCUUGCUGUAUGUAAAUUUUUUUUAUAUAGGUGUUAACUUAUUUGUGUUGUCUGCUUAGAGAUGUGUUCUGGUUUUUAUAUUCCAUUACUUUGCUUCAGCUUUUGUGGCAUAUAAUAGCAACACGUAGAAGAAGAGGAAGUCCUGAUGGGGGCCAUUUUUCUUCAGUCGCUUUUUCUCUGAGAAGGUUCAUAGGAAAACCAUUCUGUGUCAACAGAUUUGAUAUUUAAAUGUGCCCUUAUGUGUACCAGCCCAGAGCCACAUGCCAUAAAUUUGCUGGUAGAGGUGAGGGUCUUUAACUCUGUCUCCCGCUGCUCCAUCAUGACUUCUUCAACCCAUCAGUUCCCUGGUGGUAAGUGCUGCUGUUGCUACUCACCAGAUACAAGGAGGUGGAGGGAAUCUGCAGCCCUGCACAGUGACAGGGAAGUGCAGGUGUCUCCCUGUCUCUCUGUGUACCUGCUUCUCCUGUGUCCAGCUGGACCUGGGGACCUCCUGACCUCCUCUUCACAUGUUUUGACCCAGGGAGUGGACUGGUGAGGAGGUGAUGAGUUUGACACAGCUGCAUACUUCUGCCUCGUCCUCUCCUGCCUGCAUCUACCCCUUGCUUGUCCAUUUUUUUAAGCUAAAAGGCAAGUCUGACUGCCUCUUUCCAGGACAAUGUCAAGGACUUUGCUGAAUAGUGGUUUUUUUACUAUUUUAUGGGGUUUUACCAUUUUCUGCCUCCCUGCUGAUGUGUGCAUGUAACAUAGAUCAAGCGAGGUAUCUUUGGAGUCAUGCAACUGCUGCUAUAACCUUGCUGUUGUGGAUGAUACACUUUCAUUCAUUUGAGCUUUCCUCUGUGAAUAGUUUAAUCAUAAUUUUAUGAUGCAAAUAUUUUGUAGAGCAUUUUGUUGCAUGAAGAGUUGGGAAUGGACAAGCAAUGCCUUUGCUCGGCACAAAAAUAGAUCCUGGCAUGCUUGAUAUUUAGGGGCAGGCUCUGGCCCAAAAGAGUGACCUUAUUUCAGCGUAUUUAGUUGCUCCCAGUCUGCUCACUUGAAGUUUCCUUCUGGGAAAGCUGUUGGAAGGGUCCUACUGACUGCUGGUGCAUGGUGGGCAGAGGUUGGCAGCAUUGAGGCUGCAACUCCCAGUUAUAUAGCAAGUCUGAGUAUGUAACCAGCCAGCCCUUCUCAAUGGAAAAUUACUGUCAAAACAGUUUUCCUCCCCCCCACCAAACAAAGAAAUUUUUUUGGUUCAGAAAUGACUAGCUUUUGAUUAUUUACUUACUAUUUUCAUUCUUUUGUCACUGAAAGUCAUUACUGACUGGUUUUCGACUUCACUUCACUUUACCCUUUUCUCAUCCCUCAGGGUGGAGUUUGAUGCUUCUCUGGGUAGAGAGUGCUUGUGCUGGGAGUCGAACAGCUCUGCUGCAUGAGGGGGUACUCUACUGUACUGUUUGGCCAUUGUGGGGGCUGGGGUAUGCUGCAAACAGACUGCUCCUGGUUCAGAGCCAUAUGUGCUUGGUCACAGCAGGGGAGAGGGGGCUGAAAGGAAACACACUGGUGGAACUGCUGCUGGUGCUGACACCACAUGCUGCUGUUUACUGCCGGGGUUUUAGAAGGGUAAAGUUUUAGCUGGCAGUGCCUGCCAUAGAUGCUCUUACUCUUCAUCCAUCCCACAAAAACAGGCUCCUAUUCCUGGUGUACAGAGAGUGCCUGUCACUGCCUGUUGCCUCCGUUCCUACUUACUCAGAGACCAGAAAGUGAUAUGAUACAAUAUUAUGUUUAUAUUUGUAAAAUCUGCUUCUUUAGUGAUUGCAUUUUAUAUACUAAUGAAUUCCAGUAAAAAUUCUUAAAUCCACCCCUAAGGAAAGCCAUGUACAAGUAAACAUUGCUAUCAUCUGCCCAAAUGAAGGAAGAGCGACAGGCAGGUCUGGCGGGCGUGAGGGGCUUGCAUUGACAGGGAGGAGGAGGAAUGAGGCUGGUUUUCAUGCAGCAGGCUCCCCUGAAAUCCCUUCCCUAUGUGCAUCUCAACACUCCCCUUUCAAAGCAAACCUCUUCCCUAUGGCAGAAAAAGCAUCUCUUCCUAAAGCCUUGGAUAACCUUGCGAUGUCCGCUGGGAUUGACUUUCCAAGCAGGUCUUAUUUCUUCCUUCUCCUUAUGAAAAAAUUGCACUUGUUCAAGGCUAAAUCUAUACAUACACAGUGAACUGAUGCUUUCUCCUCACAGCCAACUCACCUUUCCACAGGGCUGCCAGCCUGAUGUGGGAUGCCAGCCUGCCUGCAUCCCAAAAGCAAGCUGAAGGCAAGGCUGCCUCGAUGGUGUCAUCAGUUGUGCUGCCUGUUGCCACUCGCCUCGUGGUUUGUCAUUCAUUUCCCAUUCCAGCAGCAAUGCCUCUGCCAUAACCCCCCUGGGCUGCCUUACGCUUCUACCUUACAGUUGCAGCUGAGGUCCCACUGGGAGUCUGACACCCAGCUGGAAAACAGAUGAUCCUGGAAUGUCUCUGCUAGCAAGAGCCAGACCUCGAUUUUUCUCAGGGUAUUUGCUCUUGGCUCACACUGCAAAACAUGAGGUUCAUCUGAGACCUGGCAGGCUCCAACCAGCAAGAAGCACCUUUUCAUUCCAGUGCUGUGUGGGGCAGUGGUUUUGGCAAAGUGACUCAUAUUUUUGGGACAACAGUGGGAAGCAAAGGGUUCCCUUGCAGCACUUGUGUGUUCCAGCUGUGCUGGGUGCAAGGGGCAGGAGGAACUGGUAAAGCAAUUUUUCUGACCGAAGCCAUGGAAGAGUGUAUAUUUUUAUUUUUCAAUUAUUAAAAUUAUUAAGCAAAAUGUAAAUAAUAAAAUUUCCGUUGUCUGAUGGUCUAUUUUCCUAAUGAUUUUCUCAGAACUUUUUAUGGGUGUGAUAAGUAGUUUUAAUGCUUGUUCAGUAAUCAAAUCUAUUUUUUGUCUUCUUUAUCUUUGUUUCGGUUUGAUUUUUUUUUUCUUUUGCCUUUUUUACCAAGUUCAUGUAGCAAUUAAAGCCUUAAGUUUUAAAAUGUGAACCUUGCCCCUAGAGCACAGCGCAGGUGUGUGGCUACUUCUAAUCCUGGCAACACUGUAAAUACUUCUCCCCUCAGCAAUGCUUUUGGAAUUUGGAAAUUCACAUGUAAUUAUCUGGUACAACAUUAAAACAUAUUUCUUAAUGUCCAAAA